AUGUUUGUUGGGGAACAGACCAAUCCCUCUUGGAUAUAUGCCAACGAGCACCAUUUGUCUGGCUCUCUGGAUUGUUCUAUGGUUGAGGAGAUGGUUAGUGUUGUUCCCGUACCUCGAACGGAACGAAAACGCAGUUCAGUGAUUAAGACGGUAAUUGCCUCUUUCAUGGCGUACGCUUCUGAAGUGUCUGUCAUGCCUGAUUCCACCGUUUUUGACCUCCAUAGUCAGCUGGCUGGUGCCUCUGCUAGAAGUGAUCGGCGUCGGUUUUCAGUGUUCGAACUAUUCCAUAUACGGUUUGGUGAUAGUGUGUUCCCAGGUAUUAUCCGUUGGCAUCAGGGCUUGCAGUCAUACGCUCCUGACACUUGUGAGCUGAAUGAUCUCUUCUGUGAUCUCGAGUUGGACUUCUCAUCAUUCGUGAAAAAGAAAGGGAUUCAAUUACCACGUAUAACCAAUACCAUGUUAAAGGCUAUCAACGACUUGCUUCAUUUCACUAGGUGUCUCUGUUGGUGCAAGAUUUCAAGAGAUGAUUAUAUAGAUUUCUUGGUAGACAGCCUUCAGAAAAGAUGGGACGACGGUAUCACAACCCCUGGAUACCUUAUAGCCGACAUGCUUAAUCACUACAUAGCUUCUGUGGACCUUCAGUCGCAAACUGCCUUGUUUGAUCUUCUGGAGGUAGAGUACGGUGUUCAGUUAUGUUGCAUAUUACUUCCUCCAAUGCAUGUCCACAGUCGCCGUGAAAGACAUCAAAAUAUGAUGGCAGAACAGCAUAACAUGGAGACUGAUAAUUUGGCAGCACACUUUCACAAUAUAAAAGAGAGUUGGCCUUUGCCUGUGCCCCAGGAUGUCAAGAACAGAUGUAUUUGA